AAUUACACAACAUUCUACAAUGCAAAUAAAUUAAUCGUCUCUUCUAUCUAAAACUUUUGGCAUCGCAUCUAAAUUUAAAAUUUGUUUUAUAAAAUAAUAAUUGUUGUUGAAAAAAAAAUUGUUUAUACAAAAUGGCAUUGCAAAACUUGCUUCAAAAGUGUGUGCUAAAUAUCGCAAAAACCGGCACGUUUGCGCCGACAUCGCUUAUACAGCCCGUACGCUUUUCGAGUUCGGUAGGCGGCUGCAUUUUACCGAAGCAUAAGAAGAAGCCAGCCAAAAUCCGACCAGGACGUAAAUGUAUACCAUAUAAAGUGCCCAUUUGCAGUGAAGAGGUUUUGAAGAAAAAACGCAAAUCCAAACCCUGUCAAAUGAAAGCCGAUGUACAAGAAAUCGAUCCCGAAUGCUGUCCAAAUCCCUGUAUCGAUAUGUAUCCACGUUUUGAUGAUCUAUAUUAUGCGCCGUCCGAGAAGAAUCGUCCAUACCAGCAAACUUGGUGUGAAUUUGGUAAUUUACGUAUAACGAAACGGCCACGUUGUUGUUAUGAAGAAUUCGAUAUACCAAUGCCGAAGCGUCGCAAACCGAAGCGUGGUCCAAGCGUCGAUCUAUGCGAAGUGGCUAGAAAAUGUCCGAAUGUAUCGCCAAAAUGUGUGAAACUCAUUUGGCCCGGUUGUCGCACGAACAAAUGUACAUUCAAAUGCAAUUACUAUCCGCCGCCGAAGGAUUGCCUAAAAAUCUGUACGCCAUAUCCGAGCUUUUCGGAAUGUGAGAGAGAUUUGCCCAAACCAUUGCAUCCAGUUGAAUGCAAUUGCUUGGAAUACAUGGGUUUCUGUCCACCAUAAAAAUAGAAUAAUGUAAAAUUAUGUACAUAAUUUAAAUAAGAUCAGUAAAUGCUCCGAUUUUAAAAAAAGUAAAA